AGAUCGGCCAAACCCGAAGAUUUGAAUCCAACAUUUAAAAUUUUAUAGACAUAAGAAGUAAAAUUCAUUCCCAAAUCUCAAAGUGGGCAAAAGAGAGACAAACGACAGAGGGUUUGAUUAUUGAAGGUCUUGGGGUUCUGGUCUUCUGAUUUCUUGACUUCUCGUGCAUUUCUCACAGAAUAACUGCACCUUGCAGCCUCCCAGGGCGGCUAGACAGACUUUGGAUCUCAAAUACACCGAAAAGGGCAAAAAUCGAUUCUUGUGAGUUGACCUGCGUGAAACGCUCCAGCCUCCAGGCCACCAGCUAAUUUAACAGAGAAGCAGUGUUGAAAGAAAUGGCAAUGAAUUAUAUGAGAUCAUUGAAAAGUGUGACCUUCCCCAAGGAGAUAGCUAGAGUAGUUGCCUGCAGAACAUUUGCUGUGGGAGGUAAAGCGAAGAAGGGCUCUAAAGGGGGUGGGGCUGCUGAUGGUCCCAAGGUGUCUUCCCUGAGCAAAGAAGUCAAAGCAAGUACAGUUGUUGGUGCUAAUAUACUCAAGGACGGAACAGACCCCAAAGUGUUGCCUGAUGCCGAGUACCCUGAAUGGCUGUGGCACUUGCUAGAUAAAAAACCAGCACUUAGUGAGCUAAGAAGGAAAGACUUGGAAAUGCUUCCCUACGACGAACUCAAACGCUUUGUCAAGCUGGAUAACCGAGCAAGAAUCAAGGAAAACAAUUCUCUUAAGGCCAAGAACUGAGUGUUGUCCAAACCAGUCCUUCCUAUAUUUCUAAUUUUGAACUUAUGUAUCCUGAAUGCUGAAGCAUGAGGAUGGAAUAUUUUCACCUUACAGAAUUUGAAAUGUGGUUAGAUUCAUUUUAUUACAUGUGCGCAGUAGACAAGUGCUUUUGACUUUCCACGUUAUCAUGUGUCGCAAAGAUCCGUUUGGUAAAGUGAGU